AUGCCGGAGCCCGACAAACAAACCAGCGCAGUGCUGAAGCUUGUUCAGAUCCCUCGCGAAGGCGUCCUAUGCAUUUCCCAGAACCUCUUCCAUCGACUGAUGACCGCAAUGCAGGUCGAUCCCUACUUUCUGUAUCUCAUUAGUCACGACUACGAUGGCUUCCAUUACUCAAAAGGACCGAACAAUCUACUGUCUGCUUUCAUCGGCACUGCGACGUACGGCCUGGUCUGGACAUCCCAAUGGCAACGAGCAUCCACGUCGACCAUCGCCCUCUUCCUCCCCCGGCAGACCGAUCCGUUCUCUCGAUUCAAUGCCGUUCUGCAGAUCUUCAAGAACCUGAUCCACACCCCGUGUCUCCUUGCAUUUGUGUCCACGGUGUAUAAUCUGCAAGCCUUUGACGAGGAGACCAAGGCGCGAGAAUACGCCCGAAUCCGGUCUGUCGAGAAGAGCACCGGCUACGGUCCAAAUCCACCCGAGGCCGUUUCGCGUUUCAGCGUGGACGAAUUGACAUUAUGGUCCCAGACUACGGGAGAAAUACAGGGAAACAUCACUAACAAGCUGCGCCAUAUUAACACAUCCAGGACGCUUCUGGACUUUGUUAGUGACGAAUGUCAACUGCUAGAGAUAAGCGUAGAUGUUCACCACCCGCAGUGCCGGGAUGGCACGAGGCGGCUUGCGGAGACGAUCCCUAUGUUAAAGCGACAAAUGGAUGCCUAUGAGGCAUAUCUGCGAUAUCUUGGAAACAGAGCAGAGAAGCUCUCGUCCGUGUUAAUCGCCUUGUUGGGUCAUGCGGAUGCUGAGAUCAACCUGGAGAUGGCGGUCUCUAUGAAAAACGAUAGCGUGUCGAUGAAAACCGUUGCCAUCAUGACUAUGGCCUUUCUCCCUGCAACAUUCUUUGCUGCUCUUUUUGCCGUGCCUUCGCUGCAGUGGGAUCAUGAGGACGUGAUCCAGAGCAAUUUCUGGGUUUACUGGGCGUUUACUCUUCCUACGACGGCGGCGGUGUUCUUGAUUUGGCUGAGUGUCACAACCUAUCGGUCGAUUCUCAGGCAAUGGGCCAAAUGGGCUUUCCCUAGUCUGGAAGAGAAAUCCCCAGAGUCCUGA